UAGAUUUUGGCUUUCUUUUAGCCACCUUUGUUUAAAACCACUGUCCUAAUGUUUCUCAUUUCCACAGUGAUUUGAUUUACUGCAGAGUCCCAGGUGUCUUCAAUAAUCUGGCUGCAAAUAGAUCGGUCAUACGUCAUGCUGAUGGCGUGCUGAGGAUCAGAUAAAUUAAACUGCUUACUUAUAGUUUACAGAUGUAUUUUAUCAGUUGGAAGAGAGUAUAAUGGUGUAGAGACGUAGGGCUUUUACUCUGCAUCUUACAACGCAUUAGAGGAGAAUUAUUAGAGGAUAAGAAGGAAAGGCUCGGUCGACAAAAAAAAAACUGGAAGGAUAUUGGGAGGAGUCUUUUUGAAUUCCUUUUUUUUAGUUUGGUAAGCGGAAGCACAAAGCUAAUAGGGCAAAGGGACUGUAACAAUAGUGGAUCCUUCAAGUUGCUAGUUGGCUUUAUUAGAAGAAGAAAAUAGAGAGAGAGAGAGAGAGAGAGAGUAGCACUCGUCUCCACUCCCCCUCCCAGCAAAGGGGAGAGCAAGUCUAAAUCAUGUUGCAUAUCAGUGCUGUUGUGCUGUGAUGUUGCUCAGGCAGAGUCCGGUGCAGAGCAGGCAGCCUUGUGGACCAGCACUCAGACCCAGGAUCAGCCCAGCCUUCACAGAGCUGGAGACCCUCUCCCCGCAGCGUCCCUCGCCUCCACCGUGUGCCCCCUUCAGUGAGAUGUACCCUGAAGAGAGCCGAGGGUCUGGAGGGGUAGCCACUGUGGACUUCCUGGAAGGGACCUAUGACUAUGCUGCCCCAACUCCAGCCCCGACUCCUCUCUACAGCCACUCCACAACUGGCUAUUACUCCCCUCCUCUGGACGCCCACGGACAACCCUCGGAUGGCAGCCUUCAGUCCCUGGGGAGUGGGCCAACUAGUCCUCUUGUGUUUGUGCCCUCCAGCCCCCGACUCAGCCCCUUUAUGCACCCACCCAGCCACCACUAUUUGGAAACCACAUCAACUCCCGUCUACAGGUCCAGUCAGCAGUCAGUUUCCAGAGAGGACCAGUGCGGCACCAGCGACGAGUCAUUCGGUGUGGGGGAGUCAGGGGCCAGUGCCGAGGCCAGGGGGUUUGAGAUGGUCAAAGAGACACGAUUUUGUGCUGUGUGCAGUGACUAUGCUUCUGGGUAUCACUACGGGGUGUGGUCCUGUGAGGGCUGCAAGGCCUUUUUUAAGAGGAGCAUCCAGGGUCACAAUGACUAUAUGUGCCCAGCAACCAAUCAGUGUACUAUUGACAGGAAUCGGAGGAAGAGCUGCCAGGCUUGCCGUCUUAGGAAGUGCUACGAAGUUGGCAUGAUGAAAGGAGGUGUGCGUAAGGACCGUGGCCAUGUUUUGCGGCGUGACAAACGGCGGACGGCCACCGUCGACAGAGACAAGGCCUCUAAGGACCUGGAAUACACGACUGUACCCACUCAGGACGGGAGGAAGCGCAGCAGUGCUUGUGGUGGAGGAGUAAGAUCCACACUGAAUGGCAUGCCUCCUGACCAGGUGCUCCUCCUGCUCCAGGGUGCGGAGCCUCCAAUACUGUGCUCCCGUCAGAAGCUGAGCAGACCCUACACCGAGGUCACCAUAAUGACGCUGCUCACCAGCAUGGCAGAUAAGGAGCUGGUCCACAUGAUUGCCUGGGCCAAAAAGCUUCCAGGUUUCCUGCAGCUGGGCCUCCAUGACCAGGUGCAGCUGCUGGAGAGCUCGUGGUUGGAGGUGCUGAUGAUUGGGCUCGUCUGGAGGUCCAUCCACUGCCCUGGAAAACUCAUCUUUGCUCAGGACCUCAUACUGGACAGGAACGAAGGCAACUGUGUGGAAGGCAUGGCGGAGAUCUUCGACAUGCUGCUGGCCACUGCUUCACGCUUCCGCUUGCUCAAACUCAAACCGGAGGAGUUUGUCUGUCUCAAAGCCAUCAUCUUGCUCAACUCUGGUGCCUUCUCUUUCUGCACCGGCUCCAUGGAGGCCCUCCACGACACGGUGGCAGUGCAGAUCAUGCUUGACACCAUCACAGACGCUCUCAUACAUCACAUCAGCCAAUCAGGAGGCUCGACACAACAGCAGUCCAGACGACAGGCCCAGCUGCUCCUCCUGCUCUCGCACAUCAGGCACAUGAGCAACAAAGGCAUGGAGCAUCUCUACAGCAUGAAGUGCAAGAACAAGGUACCGCUGUACGACCUGCUGCUGGAGAUGCUGGACGCUCACCGCCUCCACCGCCCGGACAGACUCGGUCAGCCCUGGACGCAGGCUGACGGAGAACUUCCCACCACCCCCAGCGCCAUUGGAGGGGGAGGCAGCUCCUCUUCAGGAGGCGCAGGACCACGAAUCAGCAAUGAGAGCGCGAGCAGAGCCCCGACAGUCCUGCAGUACGGAGGCUCCCGCUCUGACUGCAACCCCAUCCUAUGAGAGGGAGAGAGAGAACUGCCUGAAGGUCUGAGCUCAUUAUUAUGGGUGAUGAGUGUAGAGCAGAAUGAGAGGUGUUGUGGAUCGGGCAAAACAAAAAAAGGUUUAUUCAUUUCAUGAUAAUUAUUUAGAAAUGAAGUGAUUUUCUAGUUGUAGCUGUUUAGGGAGGAAACUCCCCUUUGCACUGCUCCAAUUCACCAAAAAUAUGAGCUCAAUGCAGUAUCUGUGACUUAGUCAGUCUUUACAGUGCAGCUUAUUUACACAGCGGCAGGUGUUGGGACGUGUUGUGGCACCCUGUUAGCUUUACAGUAACGAGCAGCUAAUUUUAUUAUUCAUUUGACCAAAGUGCACUUGCUCUGGGGAUUAAGGGGCUAUCGGGCAUUGUUUUUACUGUUAAAUAUUACGAUUAUUACACACUAAACUAAGAUAACACUGUUUCAGAUAAAUGUGUAAUUUAUUGUGUUUUUAAAUUCAACGAUUUUGAAGACUAAGCAUCAGGUAUUGUGAUUUCACACCAAAUGUUAAACUCCGAAAAAUAAGUAUAAAUUAAUGAGUUUGAAGUGGUUAAGGAUCUGUUGAAUUAAAAAUGCAUGAAAAAAUACUGAACACAAAUUUGAAGGGAGCCAAGUUCAUCCCCCUAACCAAGGUGUGUGUGUGUGUGUGUGUGUGUGUGUGUGUGUGUGUGUGUGUGUGUGUGUGUGUGUGUGUGUGUGUGUGUGUGUGUGUGUGUGUGUGUGUGUGUGUGUGUGUGUGUGUGUGUGUGUGUGUGUGUGUGUGUGUGUGUGUGUGUGUGUGUGUGUGUGUGUGUGUGUGUGUGUGUGUAAGCUGAUGCAUAGAUGUUGUGUUGGUGCAGUUGUUCAACAUUUUCAAACACUUAAAGUGGUUAUUGCUCAUCAACUAUUCAUUGAUUACAAGUUUUAUUUGGCUGGAUUUACACACCUUCAAAGAAAAAAACCCAAAUUAUUAAUAUAUUAUUUCAGAUAUUGUAAGAGGUUGUAUUUGGAUUUACAGGCCAGGUAUUUAUCAACUGCUUUACACUGCUUGUUUCAUUAUAAAAUGUCAAAACAUUGUGCAAAAUGAGUCAGAAUGUACUCAAUGUUUUUUCUGUUCCAUCUGUUCAUGCAACACAUCCAUAGUCUAUGUUGUGGCUAAAUAUGUGAUUGGGAGGAGGUCUCAGCAAUUGCAUCAGGGUGACUUAUCCUAAAAUGCAAAUAUGCCACUCAAAUGGCGAAUAAGUAUCCAAUCUCCUGUUCUAAAAUGAGUUUUGUGUUGUCUUAAAACUAAGAAACUGCUAACAGGUUUUUCAGCGUUUUUGCCUUAGAAAUAUCUCGUCUAAAAUGUGUGGAUUUAUUUCCUGCUGAUCGCCUUAUCCAUUUGUUUUAGCUGUCAUUUUUAAGUCAAAAGAUGCAAGCUAUUUAAAUGCAUGUUACCAGGGUACAAAUGUCUAAUAAACACUUAGCGUUACACUGUAGUUGUUUUGUUUAGAAUCUUUUACCUGUGCCAAUAAGAAGGAUGAAAAAGCCUCGAUACAGGAUCAAAAGAGAAUGGAUUCGGCCCCUUUAGCUGUGAGUGUAAAUCCAGUCAAACUGUCUGUCAUUUCUUUACUGUGAACAAAAAAUAAAAGCUUUAAAUGGGAAAA